AUGGACGUAGAAGCAAAGAAGCGAGGUUCCGGUAACCGGAAGCGGAGGAACAUAUGCAUAGGCCUUGGAGUCACUCUAAUCUUGCUUAUAGUAUUAAUGGUGAUCUUAGCAUUCACUGUUUUCAAAGCCAAAGACCCCGUAAUCACCGUCGAUGCCGUCGCGCUUGAUGACCUCAAAGUGCGGCUUGACAUGGCCAGAGUGACGGUGAAUCUCAACUUGACCGUCUCUGUCAAUCUCACCGUCGAAAAUCCGAACAAAGUGGGCAUGAAGUACAAGGACAGCGCGGCGUUGUUGAUUUACAGAGGAGAGGAAGUGGGAGAAGUUCCGAUUCCGGCCGGGAAAGUAUCGGCCGAUGAAACAGUUCAUAUGGUUGUAUUUCUCACCGUGAUGACCGACCGGUUUGCGUCAAAUCCUCAAAUUUUUUCCGACAUGGUAGCGGGUUCGUUGCCUCUUAGCACUAACACCAAAAUAUCUGGGAAAGUUUCAAUCUUUAAAAUGUUUAAGGGAAUGGCUGUGGUGGUUCAAUCAGAAUUCGUGUUUGAGAUUACGCAAAUAUUAUUUUAUGCUGCUGCUGCUGCUGCUGCAAAGUUUGACACUCAAUUGAAAUCUAUUUCUUCCAAAAACCAGUACGUUUCCAUUUAUGAUAGUGAUAUUAAUGAUGGAAUCUUCUUCAAAGUAAAGCUGUUUGUCGGCAUUAUUAAUUCACACUCUUUCUGA